AUGUUUGGAACAUCUAAGACAUUUGGAGCAUCAAAUACAAGCAGCACGAAUCAGCAGACAUUUUCCUUUAAUCAGCCCGUGCAAACAAGUGUAACAACGGGAUCACAACCUACAUUUUCAUUUGAGACUCAAUUGCAACAACAGACUAAUAAGCCCCCAAGUUUUUCAUUUUUUGGGAAUAAAGCACCUUCAGACAAUAUACAAACAGCAGGAAUAAACAGUUUAAACUCUCAAGCUCAACCAUCAACGAGUUUUUUGUUUGGAAAUACAUUUCAAAAAACAGCACCUAUUGUUGGUUCAACAGGUCUUGCUCAAACACAAAAGGCGAAUAGUGGAUCUCUUUCUCAGACAAAUACUAUAUUACAAUCUCCCCAAACGAUUUCACGUACAUCUCGUUAUUCAGACUUUCCAAAGGAAGGAAAAGCAUUUUUAGAUGAAAUGAAUCAAUAUAUUACCACACAAACACAAAUCUCAGAUCAUCUUCUAUCACGAACAUCAUAUAUUAACGAACUUAUCGAUUCUGUGCCUAGGGAUGUAGAAGAAGUGUCAAAGAGAUUGGAUCAAGCAGCAACUGCUUUAACAUCAGAUAUAAGCCAGCUUAUGUCGCUCAAAACAACAGUAGAAAAAGACUAUAACAGUGCAAAACUAUCAAAAAAUGCAGUUGACUCAACACCUAUGCCAUAUAUAGAUUCUUCUCAUACAAAAGAUUCAAUAUUGGCAUAUUUUGAAGAUACAUCGAAUGAAAUUGAAAAAAAAAUAAACAAUUAUGCAAAAACUAUAGAUGAUAUUGGAAAAAAUUUGGGAUAUCUUGAAAAGGAUCAUAGUGAGGAAAAAGGAAACCCAGAAGCAUUAUUAAACACACUUAAAGCAGAAUAUGAUUUUUUCCUUGCACUAAGCAAUAAUGCUGCAGAAGUUCAUGAUAAAAUUAAACAACUUGGAACACAAAACCUAGUUACAAAUAUCAUUAGUCGAUAA